AUGGACUAUAUUCCUGAUCGGCUGGUGAAGGGUCUGAGACAAGCUCGAGAUGCAACGUCGACUACCGGUAAUACAGCAACGGCCACGAUGAAGAACGGAAAGAUCACCCAUGCCGUCGGCAAACUAUGGCAAGCUGGAGUAGUCGACGACAGCGAAGGUGCCUUGAUCAACACCGGCACAUCUACCUCGACCAUUCACGCCGAGAAGAUCACCCACAUGGCUACUAAAUUGGCCCAGGCGGGUCUGAGCACUGAUGACGACGGCCCCAAAUCAAGCAGCCACGGCCUCGCCACGAAGUACAUCAUCAUCAUCGCCGUGGGGAGCGCCCUGGUGCUCCUUGCCGCUAUCACAGGCGGUUGUCUGUGCUGGAGAAGAUACAGAAGGAAAAUGGCAUACAAUGUUGUGAGCAGAGGGGUCGACACAAAGGAGAAAAGGCCCAGGCGCGACAAAGAGGACGUAUUUAAUGCCGAUAUGGGAGAAACGGAGAAUUUUAAUCCCGAGGGACCUAAACUCAGCGAGCGUAAUUUCGAGAGCGGAUACGACAAAGUCGAGACUGGUUAUGAAGGCACAGGCUACGGGGCGACUGAAGAACAAGGAGAAAGGCAUGGAGACAGGAGGUCUAAUUUCGAGGCCUGA